UUCAACAAUUCAAGUGCACUGGCCAAACACAAGCUGACACAUAGUGACGAACGAAAGUACUCGUGCAAUUUGUGCUCUAAGGCCUUCAAGAGACAGGAUCAUUUAAACGGCCACAUGAUGACCCACAGCAGUAAGAAACCCUUCGAGUGCAAGUUCAUUGGCUGCAGCAAAAGCUACUGCGACGCCCGCUCCCUCAGACGCCAUCUUGAAAAUCAUCAUCAGGAC